UUAAUUAAUGUCAAGACGAUUUCGCAAAUAGUCAUUGGUUAUUGCGCGCAGAUUUAUGAAUGGUGUAUGAUUAAUUGUUCUUUCUUUUAGCUGUAUAAUUGCAAGUUUUAUACGCCCACGCUUCGCUUUUGUCGACAAUGCGUUUCCCCUGAUUUACGAGGAGAAAUUUCAAAUAAUAGGUUCCUGUAUUGACCGAGCGCACGCGGAAAAAUACUGGUUCGGUGUGUGCAUACAUCAAUAUGAAUUAAUGUUAACUUUUCAAAGAAUUUUUUUUAGUAAACACCACUUCACGAUAUCACCAAUUUGAAAGUAUGGGAUCACCUUGUUGUUGUUUUCUCCAACGGUGAUUUUAGCCCAUUGUAUUUUAUGUUAAUAGUAGUAUAAACAACAUUAACCUAGUUCAUGUUGAUUUAGUUUAUCAUAACCAUUAAAGUUUAUUUUAGAAAUUGAAAAAUGGCUGAUGAAGAAGAAGAGAAAGAAUAUCGUUGGGAGACCGGUUAUGAAAAGACAUGGGAGGCAAUCAAGGAAGAUGAUCAUGGCCUUUUGGAAGCAUCAGUUGCAGAUAUUAUUCACAAUGCUAAAAGAAAACGUCAGAUGGAUAAAAAGGUUGGUGCCAGGUUGGGGAUGAUGAGGCACCUUUACAUAAUUCUCGAUGCUUCUGAAUCAAUGGGCAAUCAGGAUCUGAAACCAACUCGUUUCUUAUGUUCUUUAAAGCUUCUAGAGGAUUUUAUUGAUGAAUUCUUUUAUCAAAAUCCUAUAAGCCAACUAGGAGUAAUUGUUACAAGAAAUAAAAGAGCAGAAAAAGUCAGCGAUUUGGGUGGAAACUCUAAAAAACAUAUUAAGGAAUUACAUGCUAUGCAACAACUUCAACCAGCAGGCGAACCAUCGUUACAGAAUUCGCUGGAAUUAGCUUUAAAAUCCUUGCGACUUCUACCAUCGCAUGCUAGCAAAGAAAUAUUAGUAAUUAUAGGAGCUCUAACAACAUGUGACCCUGGAGAUAUCAAUGAAACGAUACAAAGCAUGAAAACAGAUUGUGUAAGGUGUAGCGUGAUAGGAUUAGCUGCUGAGUUAUUUAUUUGUAAAAGAAUGGCCACAGCAACCGGUGGAGAGCAUGGUGUUUCAUUGGAUGAUAAGCAUUACAAAGAGCAGUUAAAUAUGCACAUAGAUCCACCACCAGCUGCAACCAGAUUGGAUGCUGCUCUUGUAAAGAUGGGUUUCCCUCAUCAUGCUUUACAGUCUUCUGGAACUGAAACAUCCAUGGCAGUGUGCAUGUGCCAUGCAGUGAGCGCAGACGAAACUGUUAAACUUACAAGUACAGGAUAUCUGUGUCCACAGUGCCUUAGUAAACAUUGCGAACUUCCUGUUGAAUGUAGAGCCUGUGGACUCACCUUGGUAUCUGCUCCUCAUUUAGCUCGAUCUUAUCAUUAUUUAUUCCCUGUUGAGUCAUUUAGAGAAGUACCAUUUGAAGGAACGCCCUCAAUUUGUUACGGCUGCCAAAAAACUUUAUCCCAAAAAGACAAAAAGAUAUACAUUUGUAACAAAUGUAAUCAAACGUUUUGUUUGGACUGUGAAAUAUUUAUUCACGAGUCUUUACACACGUGUCCAGGCUGUGCAACAAAUCCAGAUACAUAUCAAAGGUCCACGGAAAUAACUUAAUGUACUGAAUGUAUGUAGGGUAAUAUUAAUAAUUUUAAUUAUUUUGUACUAAAUAUUUUAAUAGUGAAUACUGUGAUCUAGAAUCGGUUUUAUAUAGAAGAAAUUCUUAGAACUGAUUGAUUCAUGAUACACGUAUAUGAAGAUCUCCUUUUCCAAGAAAGGAAUAGAUAAAUGAAAAGAUAAAUAAGUUACAAAAAGUAA